CAGCAGACGGCGCUCGACGCCACCGUCAGGGCAACGUCAGGCUCGCCUCCGUACCUGGGUUCGAUCCCCUGCCCGUUGCAUCGUCGUGUCGCAACAACCGCGUCAUGCGUCGGAGCAAUCGCACGCAGGGCCAAUGGACGGCGCAUGUGCCGGAGGCGUCUGGGGCUGCCCGCGCCGGACCAAACCGCCCGCCGCCUGGCCUGCCGGCCCUGGGCCCGCUGGGGGAUGCCUGAUGCCCGCCAUGCGCCGGGGCACCAGCCAACGGCCUCGCUUGCGCGAACAACGCACUCGGAGCACUUGUGUGACUGAGCCCGGGGCGACAGCCAAGCUGCCAAAUUGGCGUUGCACGAGUCCCAGGCCCCGAGCUCAGGGUAUACUGUGCCUGCGCAGACGGGUCGGUUCCAAACUGGAAACGCCACGGCCACCCGGGCCCCACCGGCGCGGCAGCGCUCACACUCUUAUCGAUAAGCCCGCGACGCUCAAAGCCCAAAUUUCUGCCUCCCCGUCUCGCCUCGCAUCGGCGCCGCAUCGAAUCUGCUGCCCACAACACCCGGCGCCCUGCCCUCGCGACCGCCCGAUGGACCGCCCGAUGGAGACACCACAGGACUUCAAGUCCCUGCAGGACGGCAUCCAAAAGUCCCUCGUGUCCGCCGUCAAGACGGUCAACCGCAUCGCCGCCGAGGACCUGGGCUUCCAGCGCGCCGUCGACCCAGACGUCGCCGAGCAGCUCGACGAGAGCACCGCCCGCGUCCUCGCCCUGUCCACGCGCCUGCUCGCGGCCGCCGGCAAGGCGUGCGGCGUCAAGCCCCCCGCCCUCGAGGAUGUCGAGGACAUUGACCUGAAGUGGCAGUCCCUGGUCGACGUCGUCGACUCGGCCCUGGAAAAGGCCGACACGGCCCUCGACGAGUACACCGGCCUGGUCAAGCGAAAGGAGCCGCCCGCCGGCUCCGACCCGGCUCCGGGCGCAAAGAGGGCCAAGCCGACCACCAAGGUCGUCCGCAACGCCAACGUCUCCAAGCCACAGCUCCUCUUCGAGGACAAGCCCGACAACUUCCCCACGGGCCCCUGGAAGCCCAUCCUCACCAGCAAGCCUCACGCGGCGGUCCCCCUGGGCGAGAGCCUGGUGCUCGCCCCGAACGAAAACGGCACGCCCCAGUACAAGCACCCGUACGAGUCCGAGAUUAAGCAAAUGACGUAUCCCGACCGCGUGUUCACGAGGCAGGACCCCAUCCCGCCCCAGCCCGCCGAGUCGACGACGGCGACGUGGGUCGACACGUACCAAGGCGUCCUGGACAUGCUGGAGGCGCUCAAGGGGGCAGAGGAGAUUGCCGUCGACCUGGAGCACCACGACUUCCGCACGUACACCGGACUGGUCUGCCUGAUGCAAAUCAGCACCCGGGAGCAGGACUGGAUCGUCGACACGCUGCAGCCGUGGCGCCGCAAGCUCGAGGUCCUGAACGAGGUCUUUGCCGACCCCAGCAUCGUCAAGGUCUUCCACGGCGCCUACAUGGACAUGGUCUGGCUGCAGCGCGAUCUCGGCCUCUACGUCAACGGCCUGUUUGACACCUUUUUCGCGUGCGACCUGCUUGCGUACCCCGGCAAGAGCCUGGCGUUUCUGCUGUCCAAGUUUGUCGACUUUGACGCCGACAAGCAGUACCAGCUCGCCGACUGGCGAAUACGGCCGAUCCCCGACGAAAUGAUGUACUACGCUCGGUCCGACACGCACUACCUCUUGUACAUAUUCGACCGGCUGCGAAACGAGCUCGUCGCCACGUCCGACCGCAGGCACCCCGAGACGGACCUCAUCGCCAGGGCGCUGCAGCGCUCCCGCGACCUGGCCCUGUCGCGGCACGAGAACCCCGACUACGACGAGGGCACCGGGCUCGGGCCCCGGGGCUGGUUCAACUUCUUGCUCAAGCAAUCGCACCUCGGCCUCGACGGCGAGCAGUUUGCCAUGUUCCGCGCCCUGUGGAAGUGGCGGGACACGCUGGCGCGCCAGGAGGACGAGAGCCCCAACUUCGUGCUGGGCACCAACAACCUCGUCGGCAUCGCCCGCGUCAACCCGCCGGACCUCAAGGCCCUGCACAGCCUGCUCCCGGUCACGGCGCCGCUGGCGAGGCCCCGGUUCAAGGAGAUUUGGGAGCUGAUGCAGGAGGCCAAGGCCAGGGGCGGCCCCACGGCCCUCGGCUUCUACACGGCGGGCGCGCAUCCGCAGGAGCCCGGCGGCGGCGGCUCCGCUCCCAAGGCGGCCGUCGCGGCGACCCAGAUGCCCGGCCCGGACGUGCAGGUGGCCGUUCGGAGCCUGCCGCAGUCGCAGCUGUUUGGGAGCAUGCCCAUCAGCACCCUGUGGGAGAGCAGGCGUGCGCCGCAGCAAGACGAGGGCCACGUCCCGUUUCCGUGGCAGCGCUUCGUGCAGGACGCACCAGACGAAGCCGUCGUGGAGGCUGCAGCCGCCGCCGUCCCGAUAGAGGCCGCGACGGCCGCCGCGGACGCCAUGGACGAGGACGUUGACCAAGAAGAGUUCACGCUCAAAAAGGGGAGGAAGCGCAAGUCGGCGGCCGUCGACGACGAGGCGGAGCAGCCGGCGGCGCCCGCGGAGGAAGCGGACGUCGUCAUCAGCAUCGAAGACGAGGAGGCGCCCGGGUCUCGCAAGAAAUCGCACGCCACGAGACGGGCGGAGCGCGAGGCGCGAAAGGCGCAGAGGCGACAGGAGAGACAGCAGAGAGAGCAGGGCGGCGGGCCAGCGCAGGCCGACGAGGAGCCCUUUGACUACAGCCAGGCGCGGUCGGUCCUGCACGCGAAGCAGGACGGCGCAAGCACGCCGUCGCGCGAGCCCAAGAAGGUGUUUGACCCGUACGCCAAGACCGGGGACGACGCCCUCAAGGGGGCACGCAGGGCACCGCCCGUGCGCGGCGAGAGGAGCGCCACGUUCAAGAAGUAGCGCUGCGGAGUAAAAGGGCUGUGCAUCGGUUUUCUUUUUUUUUCUUUUUUUUGUUUCCUGCGGCUCCAAUACGUGUAGUGGUAGAGUAAGGCCGGCGGCGAUGACUGCUGUCGAAAGGGACUGUGUGCCGUUGCAGGGGUACUUAUCAAGGGUCGUCAACAACGCCACAUUAAUGCCGGCCACGCCUUGGGCCUUUUCUUGGUCUCCCGCCCGAUGACGCCAGCAGUCGAGCCCGGCGACCUACCUCGGGCGCUCUCGACUCGCAGCCCGCUGCCGUGCGUUGCGCGGGGUGUUCCUCGUCAGGCACCACCACCACCGGGCGGGCUGGAGCCGUCUCGGCACCAACGCUCGCCCGGCGACGGCGUAGCAACGCUACGGGCCGUCGAGCUGAAACACGGCCUCUCCGGCCCACGCGGCGCUCAGCGGCCCGGCGUGGGGGUGCACGAGGACUCGAUGCAUACGUGACGCCAGGCUGCCCUCUAGAGCUCUGUAUUCGUAGUCUGUUUGCCAAGUGUGCUUUGGUGACGACGGAGGCCCGAGCUUCCGCUGUCGAGGUAUAAAAGGCCAACGAGCAGCCUGGAUGCUCACAGAACAAUCAACACACGUUUCACAAUCGGACCUCACUGCUAGACCCUAGUCGAGCUACAAUGCCGAGAACCACAAAGAACGACGUUUUCGUUGUUCAUUACCAAACUAUAGAGGAGGCGCGAGAAGCCAUAGCCCACUUUCGCAAGCAUACACCCGGAAUCUGUUCCUAUUUUGAGGGGGAUAUAGAGGAGAAUCCUUUCGGCCUGUGCAGGUUCAUGUUGGUUAAGCCUCGUCAACGAGGUAGCAACGGCCAGGUGAGCGUAGAGUUCAGCUGGACGUUCAGACCGUGUCAUUCCAUCUUUCCGUGCCCUAAAGACGGCGGAGGCUGCAAACUUUUAAGUCGACUGGCUUCUCAGGAACCCG